AUGGCGGCAGCUGUGAUGCAGCGUAAAGGAUAUGAUAUUGUGGAGUUGAGUCUGAGUGAAGAUGAUGAUCCAGUGAAGGAGAAGAAAAAAAUGAAGACAAAAGAAAAGAAAGGUAGUACGACGGAUAGUAAGAGCAAGGAAAGUAAGGAAACGAGCAAGGAAGAGGAAGCUGAAAUGAAGAGAUUGGUAACACAUAAGACUCAAUCACUUUCCGAAGAAGUCAAAAAAAAAGAGAAAGAGAAAGAAGUAAAGAACAAGACGGAAAGUCGAAAGCAACAAGAGAAAAAGGAAACAGAAAUGAGCAAGAAAGUGAAAAAGGAUGAAUCGAUGAAAGGAUCAGGAGGUCAAGGACAGGGGACUCCAGGAAAUGCUCAGUCAGAGAAGAAGAUUCAGAGCAAAUUGACACCGGCAGCUCCUCCGGCCGCCGCAAGUACUCCACAGGCAAAACCAGAGAAACAGAAGACCACUGGAUGUUGUGUCAUUAGUUGA